GGUUUUUCUUUUCCCCAUUUCCUAGGGUUUGCGAUCUAUCUCUCUGUCUCUCGAAUCCACACACGGCGACGAACGGGAGAAGCCAGUUCCGUUCGAUUUCCGACCGAAGCACACCGUGAAUCGAUCUUUUAUCUCCUCCUCACCGAUCUUCUGUAUCACCCUUGAAGUUGCGGAUAGUCAGGCCGAGAGUUAAACCGGCUAAGCAACAACAAACAAGCCUUUAUCGAAAGUAAAAGGUUAGUCAUAUGUGUUUUCAAUAGCCAAUGCUUGAAUUGAGUUGUUGUUGUGUUUAGUUGAAUAGUUUAGUUAGCUUUUGAUUUCGUUUUUCUCUUCGCGUGUAUCAGUUUGCUUUGAGUUAACUAGUUUCAUGGUUUAACUCACAAAACUAUAAAGUGAUAUGAAAGCUAAACGAAGAUGUGAAAGCUAACCAACAAAACUUAGACUUAAAUGAUAUUGUAAGCUUUAACAAAACACUCUAAUGUCUGCAAUAAGUGUCUGAGUUGAUGAAAGUAGGUAAUGGUUAUUAGCUAAGAAUUAACUACAACUACUACCAUUUAAACCCGAGAUUGUGAACUCAAUCUCUCUUCAUCAUCUUCUUCUUUGUAUGAAAUCGUUUCCUAUGGAUUCAAACAAUAAUCCUAGUCAGUCUCAAUCAUACUUUAGUCUUCUUAACUUCCCUUAUGAUAGAUUCUCUCCCAGUGUAAACUUCUCCUCUUCUCAAACCCAAACCCCUUUUCUUAGUUCACAACCGAGUUCCCAGCCGAGUCAACCUCCUAGUCAAGCAGAAGAGACACCAGAAGAGCGUAGAGAGAGAAGGAUAUGGUCCACACAAGAUGACUUAGUCCUAAUAAGUGGCUGGUUAAACACAUCGAAGGAUUCCAUUGUUGGCAAUGACCAAAGGGGUGGGUGCUUUUGGAAGCGUAUAGCCGAUUAUUAUGCAUCAAGUACUCAUGUACUUGAUGGUGCUGAGCCAAGAAACCAUGAGCAUUGUAGACAACGGUGGCAAAAGAUUUCUCGCGAAGUGAGCAGGUUCUGUGGAACCUAUGCAGAUGCAAAGGGUGAGAAAGCAAGUGGGAUGAAUGAUUUGGACAUUCUGCAGAAUGCUCACCAAAUCUUCACUUUGCUGUAUAAGAAGAAGUUUGGUUUGGAGUAUGCGUGGAAUGUCCUGCGGUUUGAACAGAAAUGGUGCGACCACACCCCUAUGAACCCAACUCCGAAGACAACCAGCUCUAACAAGAGAAAAGCCGAUGAUGCAGCACCAUCUACAGAAUCUGUUGUUGGUGAGCAUGAGAGCAGGCCUCCUGGUAUAAAGGCCAUGAAAAGGUUAAGGAACAAAGGGAAAGACAAGGAUGCCCCAGCUUCGAACAUUAGUCAGAUAUGGGAGAUGAAACAGAUAGAUUUGGACGUGAAGAAAGAACUUCAAAAGAUGUCACUUCUUGAUACCCUCAUUGCCCGCAAUGACACUCUUGAUGAAGAUGAGAAAGUCAUUAAAAAGAGCCUAAUGCGUCAACUAUUUAAGGAACUUUGAACUGUCUGUUGCAAGUUUGUUUGCCUCUGUCUUUGAUAUGUUUUAUGCUUUAGGAAACGAGUCUUGUAAUGAACCAGUUUGGUUUCUGGAUAUGUUUUAAUGAAUCAGUAUUGUCUUCUCUUGUUUUGAUGAAUUAUGUUUUAGUUUCAUUCUUGCACAAGUGUAAACUUCAAAACUAAUAACAAACUCUGUUUUUUGGUUUCAGGUUGAAGAAGACAUGGGACUUGACUCUAUCUACGACUAUGGAAUAAACAGCCCAUUAGACUAUAGUUCUGAAGACGAGGCUGAUAGCAGUUACUAUGCUCUGCAACUUGGUCUUGCUGAGGUUGGAUACACUGGCUGUGAAGAGGAGGCUCAAGCUGAACCUGAUUACGGAACACAACUGAUGCAGCUCAGGGAUCUGCAAAGCCUUGCAGAGCAGAGGGUGGUGCACCUGGAGAGGGUUUCAGAGCAGAGGUUGGUCAACCUGGAGAGGCUUGUUGGUGAGAAGAAACCAUUGAUGUGGGCGUAUUGUAUUUGCUGCAUUGUGGUAGCAAUGGCUGUGGCGCUAUUGUAUUUAGUUUAAGAAGGUGAAAUGAUCUAUUGUAUUUUGUGUAUCAUGUACUGUCGGUAAGGAGAUGAUGUAGUGACUUGUAUUUUGCGACAUGUACUGUCGGAGUAGCAACUAUCACGUGUAGUAUGAACUGGUGUUGUAUGUCGGAUCUAUUGUCAUGUAAUGACAUGUAUUUUGGAACCUAGUAUAGUAGCAACUAUCACAUGCAUUUGGAUUGUUGUGUGGAACUAUUUUCAGAAUCACAUGUAGUUGGCAUGUAGUUAUAAACGAAGAAUCACUUUGAAUCAGAAUCACAUCGACUUGUCCCAAAUAAUUGAGCUUCUAUAAUACCUAUAAAUACAAGUCUCUUCUUUCCUAAUGAACAUACAAUUCUCUUCUCUCACUUACUCCUUUCUCUAUCUUAAUAAUAUUUUGCUUUCAUGGCAUCUUCUUCCAACAAUUUUCACUAUCAUUAUGAUGCAAAUGAUGAUAGUUUAGAUCAAAUUUUUCAAGAGCAAUUUGAUAAAGAAUUAGAAGCUGCUGCAGAGGAAAUGCCGGCCCCAAAGAAUAAACGUAUCUAUAUCGAUAGAAAGCGGGAAGAAGGUCACAAUCGGUUAUGGAACGAUUAUUUUAGUGAUAAUCCGACUUACCCGGAGAAGUUUUUUCGUAGACGAUUUCGAAUGAACAAAUCAUUGUUCUUGCGUAUUGUCAAUCGUCUCACUGCAGAAGUUCCAUAUUUUCGACCAAAAAAGGAUGCAACCUUCCGGGAUGGUGUAUCACCGUUACAACAAUGUACUGCAGCUAUCCGACUAUUAGCAUAUGGGGGUGCGGCGGAUGGUGUUGACGAAUAUAUACGUAUUGGCGAAACAACGGCUCGUGAAUGUUUGGAACACUUCGUCGUCGGAAUAGUUGACUUGUUUGGCGAUGAAUACCUACGCCGACCCACAGAAGAUGAUCUGCGAAGGCUACUCUUUUACGGAGAACGACGGGGUUUUCCCGGGAUGGUUGGCAGCAUCGACUGUAUGCACUGGAAAUGG